UCUCAUUCCAGUUUGCAACAUCAGAGAGCGCACGCGCGAGAGAGAGAGAGAGAGAUGGGGGAAGAAGAGAGGAGCGAGAAGGCAGGAGGAGGCCCUGUGUUCGGAGACAUAAGGCGUUACUACUGCGAGCACUGCGGGAUCUGGAGGUCCAAGAAGCCCCUCAUCGCUUCUCACAUCCAAUCCCACCACAAGGAGGAGAUGGAAGCGGCAAUGGCUCGAGGGGUCGAGGGGAAGGAGGGAGCCAAGGCUAAUACCUGCGAAGAAUGCGGCGCCACGUUUAAGAAGCCCGCCUACUUGAAGCAGCAUAUGCAGGGCCAUUCGCUCGAGAGGCCUUUCAAGUGUUCUAUGGAGGAUUGCCCUGCCAGCUAUAGGAGAAAAGACCAUUUGGCUCGUCACUUUCUUCAGCAUAAAGGCAAGAUCUUCAGCUGUCCUGUCGAUGGUUGCAAUAAGUCAUUUGCAUAUCAAGGGAACAUGAAGAGGCACAUGAAUGAUAUUCAUAGUGAUGAGCUACCAUCGACGUUUGGUGAAUUUAAGAGUCCGAAGCAGAGUGUUUGUCCGGAGGUUGGGUGUGGAAAGGUUUUCAAGUUUGCAUCAAAGUUGCGAAAGCAUGAGGAUUCUCAUGUCAAACUGGAGACCGUGGAGGCUUUCUGUUGUGAGUGCAUGAAAUACUUCAGCAAUGUUGACUAUCUGAAGGAGCACGUGCAGUCGGCUCACCAAUUUGUCAAUUGCGACAUAUGCGGGACUAAGCAGUUGAGGAAGAAUUUCCAACGGCAUCUCGGCACGCAUGAGAAGAAAAAUUCGGCUGAUUCAGAAGCAUUCAGAUGUGAUGUCGAGGGUUGUCUCCGCAUCUUUUCAACAAAAUCAAAUUUACAUCAGCAUGUGAAGGCUGUUCAUCUUGAGGUGAGGCCAUUUGUUUGCAGCUACAAGGAUUGUGGCAAGAAGUUUGCAUAUAAGCACGUGAGAGACCAUCAUGAGAAAACUGGUUGCCAUGUUUACACUCCAGGUGAUUUCGAGGAGUCAGAUGAGCAAUUUCGAUCCAGGCCCAGAGGCGGGAGAAAGAGGAAAUGUCCGACGAUCGAGUCCCUACUGCUAAAAAGAGUUACUCUACCCAACGAGCUAGAUUUCCUUUCAGAUUAGUGGCUGAAGUCUCUUGGCAGCGCUCGGCAGCAGCUGAGGAUUAUAAUGUAUAGGAGCUGUGGUUUUUUUGCCGCAUAGGCCGAGCAAAGGUGAAAAAUUCACUCAUCAUCCAUCAUCCUCCUGUCACUUGUUUGUAGUUAAUAGUUGAUAGAGUUUGCUAUUGUUUUGUCUAUAAAGAUAAGAGAGCGAGUUAAUCCUUAGCAAAAGAUUCUUUUGUUGAGCCAUUGUCAGCUGUACAUCAUGCAAUAUACAGUAAAAUUCAACUGAGAAUCCACUGUUCUCAUACUGAUCUGUCUCUGGUAUAUAUAUCGUUGAACAGUUCAAAAGUUAUGGUCGGUAUUUUUCUCUUU